AUGAACAACCUCUGGACACAUGCCCCACUAGGCAUUCAACGCUUCCCACAGAGUACAGAGCAGGCGGGGACCCCCUUUCUCUCUGCUGAGGCACCUGGACCGAGUUUUGGUGAAAUAGGCCAACAUUUCAAUAUGUCGCUGCCCAAUGGUGUAAACAACUGCUCUCAAGCAACUCCUGUGCUUUCCCAGAAUAUUUACCCUCAGGAAGUAGCACCAUCCCCAGGGAUGGUGGUUAGACCUCAGAUGAUGCCUUCAGUAAAGCCCAGUGUUCCGGGGGUGGCCACAGCCUUCAAUGGCAAUCAGGGUAUGCCAUUCAAUGGGCCACCAGUCUUCACUCCCAAUAUGAUCUCAAUGCCUUAUUCUGGAACUGUAACAGGACCUUCUAACACAGCCUCUUUAAGCAAUUCAAUGUUGUUUGCCCCUACCACAUCUUCUGCUGAGGCCCAGGCAGUGUUCCCCUCUAUGCCUCACAUGAUGCCCCCCAGCAGUUCCUACAGCCUUGGAAUCCCUAUAUCUGGACCCUCGCCGAUGAUGAAUUCAGGACCCCAGGACCCUGUUAUGAGCCAUCCAGCUUUCCAGAACAACCACUUCCUACCUGAGCAGCGUAUGCCGGCUCCUGGUAUAGUGUGUCAGAACUCCAUGGUCAAGACAAACAAAAUCAAUGGAAAAAUACCAUUAUCCAGGUCCUGCAGCUGUAAUUAUGAGAAUUGUGGAAAAGGUUAUACCAAGCGCUCCCACCUUGUGAGUCACCUCCGCAAACACACGGGUGAGAGGCCCUAUCAAUGUUUGCGGCAAGGCUGUGACUGGACAUUUUCCCGUUCUGAUGAACUUACACGGCAUAUGAAGAUCCAUACAAAAUAUCGACCAUUUAAAUGUGACCAGUGCAGCCGACAAUUUAUGAGGUCUGAUCAUCUCAAACAACGUUAUAGGACUCAUGGACAAGUUAAACCUCAAGAACACGCACAGGUCAAGAAUAAAACAGACGGAUGA